AUGUUUCUGUAUUUUAUCACACAGGUCACCACAAAGGGAGCAGGGCUGAACCCCAACGCCAAAGUCUGGCAGGAGAUCCCUGCGCCCCAGAGCCAAGUCACGGAGGGCACCCACUGGCUAGAGACUACCCCCGCUUCCGAUGUCCCUGAGGGUGAGGGCCAAUCCCAAUGCACCGCUGGAGGUUUUACAUCACUACAUGCACACACAGGCCUUAAUAGAUCUUCUUCACAGACCUAGAUAGGAUUUUUGCUUUGAGUUUUAAAUGGCAUUGACACACAUUUUCUUAAAUUCUACAUGUGGUUUAGGGCACUUGAUUAGCUGAGUUCAGAGGGCACAAUGGACCUUUUUUAGAAGGACUGUUAAUCCAGGCCUGAGAUCAUCCUAACCCUGAUCUGUGGAGGCACCGAAAACAAGCACUGUUAUGAGUCUGUGGAUUACAUAGCCUCCCGGGUUCAACCUUGACAGUGGCUCUUUUCCCAGUCAGACUCUUAUCUACCACAUUACUCUCCCAUCUUCCUCCCAGGUUACUCAGAGGCUCCCCCUACUCGGGGUAAGGUGUACGGCACGGGGUACUCAGACCCCUCCUCGGACAGCAGUGCCCGUUUACCCACAGAGGGUGUACUGAUCGGCAUGGACCCCCCUGAACUGGGGUACCCCCUCUAUGACUCUGUGACUGAGUCAGCAGGUCAGUAGCAGUCCUCUGGUCAGCUCCCUCUGGGUCAGAUGCUUUUGAGAUGACAUGCUCUGGUCUGGCGUUGGAGGGAAUUGGAUACAUGUACUGUUUUUUUAUUUUUUUAUUGAUCAAACUGGGUCUUAGGUGGAGGGCGUGGUCAUGAGCGUGGCCUUCCUGUUGGCCGCAGUGGCAAAUAUUUGUUGUUUUAAAGCUAAUUUCCUGCAAUUCUAUACAUUUUGCUAUGUCUGGAGAUAAAAUGUUGCAGUUUAAAAUCAAAUUUCCUACAAUUCUACACAUUUUGCCAUGGCUUAUGCUAUCUGAGUGAUUCAAACAUUAUAACAAAAUCAAUGGUGGCCCCAUGCAAUGACAAAAAUACUCCUGAAUGCAUAAUUUUUUACAUUUUAGAUUCUCCCUGACUGUCUAGCUUUUAUUUUGGAGAUUGUUAGUUGUCAAAGAUGAUCUUAUUUAAAAACAAUAUAUAGAUCCAUUAUCUUUUCUUCAACAAAGUUUUUCCAUACUGAAAAUUCACACACAAAAAAUGUGUAUGUACACAUUCACAUAGACACACACUCAAGUAUGUGGACACCCCUUCCAAUUAGUGGAUUCGGCUAUUUCAGCCACGCGUUGCCAACAGGUGUAUUAAAUCAAGCACACAGCCAUGCAAUCUCCAUAGACAAACAUUGGCAGUAGAAUGGCCUUACUGAAGAGCUCCGUUAGACUUCCAACGUGGCACCGUCAUAGAAUGCCACCUUUCCAACAACUCAGUUCAUAAAAUGUCUGCCCUGCUAGAGCUGCCCCGGUCAACUGUAAGUGCUGUUAUUGUGAAGUGAAAACGUCUAGGAGCAACAACAGCUCAGCCGCGAAGUGGUAGGCAACACAAGCUCAUAGAACGGGACCGCUGAAGUGCAUAGCGCGUAAAAAGUCUGUCCUCGGUUGCAACGCUCACUAUCGAGUUCCAAACUGACUCAGGAAGCAACGUCAGCACAAGAAUGGCGGCAGGUAGCUUAGUGGGUAAGAGCGUUGUGCCAGUAACUGAAAGGUCGCUGGUUCUAAUCCAUGAGCCGGCUAGGUGAAAAAUCUGUGGAUGUGCCCUUAAGCAAGGCACUUAACCCUAAUUUCUCCUGUAAGUCGCUCUGGAUAAGAGCGUCUGCUUAAUGACAAAAAAAAAAAAAGAACUGUUAGUCGGGAAAUGGGUUCCAUGACCGAGCAGCCGCACACAAGCUGAAGAUCACCAUUCGCAAUGCCAAUCGUCGGCUGGAGUGGUGUAAAGCUCGCCGCCAUUGGACUCUGGAGCAGUGGAAACGCGUUCUCUGGAGUGAUUAAUCACGCUUCACCAUUUGGCAAUCCGACGGACAAAUCUGGGUUUGAGGAUGCUAUGUGCCAUAGUGCAUAGUGCAAGCUGUAAAGUUUGGUGGAGGAGGAAUAAUGGUUUGGGGCUGUUUCAUGGUUCAGGCUAAGCCACUUAGUUCCAGUGAAGGGAAAUCUUAACGCUACAGCAUAUAAUGACAUUCUAGACGAUUCUGUGCUUCCAACUUUGUGGCAACAGUUUGGGGGAAGGCCCUUUCCUGUUUCAGCAUGACAAUGCCCCUCGUGCACAAAGCAAGGUCCAUACAGAAAUGGUUUGGCCUUCACAGAGUCCAGAUCUCAACCCCAUCGAACACCUUUGGGAUGAAUUGGAACUCUGACUGCGAGCCAGGCCUAAUCGCCCAACAUCAGUGCCUGACCUCACUAAUGCUCUUGUGGCUGAAUGGAAGCAAGUCCCCGCAGCAAUGUUCCUACAUCUAGUGGAAGGCCUUCCCAGAAGAAUGGAGGCUGUUAUAGCAGCAAAGGGGAGACCAACUCCAUAUUAAUGGCCAUGAUUUUGGAAUGAGAUGUUCGACGAGCAGCUGUCCACAUACUUUUGGUCAUGUAGUGUGUGAGAGAGCAAGAAUUUUGUACUUACGCAGCCUGAAAAAACACUUAGUCUGCCCGCCCAGUACUUCUCUAUGCAGAAAAAACACUGCGUGGAUAUAGUACCUUUACUUUAUUACCAUAAGUAUUUAUAUAGUCCUGCUACCAGUCACUUUUCAGCAGUGUUUACAUGUAUAUCCGCUAUCACACCUACACUGACACUCUUGCACCCACACACCCACCACUUAUGCUGCUGCCAUACUGUUUACCAUUAUUAUUUUUUAUCCUGCUACCAGUCACUUUCUCCUAAUCCCUGCCUACAUGUACAUAUCUACCUCAAAUACUCCAGUAUCCCUGCACAUUGUACAUUUGGUACUGGCACUGACCCUGUAUAGAGAUUCCUCUCUUUAAUUGUAUUGUUAGGUAUAUUAUUUUGAUAUUGAAUACUGCACUGUUGGGUGGGGCUUGCAAGUGAAGCAUUUCACUGUACCUGUGCAUGUGACAAAUAAAACUUAAAAUUAAAAUAUUGUUUUUGCCUUUCACUAAGUAUUGUCAUUUAGUGUUGCCUGAAUUAAUAUAAUAAUGAUUACCAAUGGUAACGAUCAGCGAUGUAUGGCUUUGGUAACAUUUGUUAUGCACAAGGGCUAAAACGUAGCUUCGCAGCCUAUAGCCAAACAUUAAUUUUGAAUCAAAAUUGUGUAUGUUUGUGCAGUGGAGGAACAGCAGCCUCUCUCUGAAGAGAGCCUGAGAGAGUCUCUGAAGAAACAGCUGGAGUUCUGCUUCUCAAGGUGAGUAGUGAACUGCUUUUGAAGAGCCUAUUUUAGAUGGUUGUUAUAACUUAAAUACAGUCGGAAUUUCAAUGUCUCUCACUGACCUAAGCAAUUCUAGAUGGUGUGUGAUAGUUUAGGUAAUGAAUCAAGCAGACCUUGGAUUUGAACAAAAGCUGUAACCCCGGUGAUGAUCAGUAUCGCGCUUGGAAGGACCCAGGAGCGCUGUGACUGUGGAGGUUUCUCCUCUUCAUCUCUCUAAAUUGCUUCACCCGCCUCUAACUUUCCUACUCCCUCUACACCGCUUCCUCCUCUCCCUCUUUCCCCUCUCUUCGUCAGCGCAGUGUGACUGACCUAAUGACCGUGAGAUUGAAAUCUGAGGGGAACAAGGGAAAAAAACAUGGGGACAUGAAUGUAUACUUUUGACCCCCCACCCCACACCUCUUUUCGGUCUUAUGUUCCAAAAUGUGAAAUGUUUAUUUUAUUUUUUACAUUGGAUAAAAGUACAAUCGGACCUUCAAAGUUGUAUGUCAUACACUAUAGUUGGAGAAAACAACAUGGGGAAGUAAUGCUGCUUAAGAAGUUGCUAAAUGUAUAAUCCCAUUUAGGAGAAAAAGGUCACAACUGACUGGCUCAAACGCAUUAAGAAGGAAAGAAAUUCCACAAAUUAACUUUUAACAAGGCACACCUGUUAAUUGAAAUGCAUUCCAGGUGACUACCCAUAAAGCUGGAGCAUGCCAAGAGUGUGCAAAGCUGUCAUCAAGGCAAAGGGUGGCUGUUUGAAGAAUAUAAAAUAUAUUUUGAUUUGUUUAACACUUUUUUGGUUACUACAUUAUUCCAUAUGUGUUAUUUCAUAGUGUUGAUGUCUUCACUAUUAUUCUACAAUGUAGAAAGUAGUAAAAAUAAAGAAAAACCCUUGAAUGACUAGGUGUUCUAAAACGUUUGACCGGUAGUGUAUAUCAUGAGAGCCUUUGUGUGACUUUGGUUCAGGUCAUGUUAUGAUAUGAACAAAGGAAUCUAGCCUAAGGGCAUAUUUCUAUCCUGCCCCUUUGGAGCAGGACAUGUAAUGUCCAUGGCCUUUUCAUCGCAAAAGUCCUGCUCUUCUCAAAAAUGUGUUUGAUAUGAUACUUGCAUUUUAUUUUUUUAACCUUUAUUUAAGUAGGCAAGUCAGUUAAGAACAAAUUCUUAUUUACAAUGACGGCCUACAACGGCCAAACCCGGACGACGCUGGGCCAAUUGUGCGCCGCCCUAUGGGACUCCCAAUCACGGCCGGUUGUGAUACAGCCUGGAAUCGAACCAGGCAGCAUCUCCCACUCCCAUAUCUCUGGGAGUAAGGACGUCAGCGUGGCACAGCAGCUGAAACCUGGUUCCAUCUGAGUGAAAGCUCCUUGGCCACAACACCAGACUCCAGACAAUUUAAGCUGUAAUGGAGGAAAGCAGACAUAAAUAGACAAGACAUUAAAACUUGCAUACCAGCAAUAACCUUAAUUGACCCCCAAGUUCAAGCAAUAAGCUCAUAAAGUACAAAGACAAAAUACCUGAAGUGCUGCUUGUUCACCCUUUAUCAUCUCAUUGUACUGGUGGUGGAGAGCAGUUUCUUCUUAUGCUGAAAGACACAUUCCAGAAACAUGGGUUAAAACAUUAAUUAAUUAAUGUCCUAUAGCUUGUUAUUGCCUGUUGACAUCUACAGCUGUACUAAAAUGCCCUGUACACACUCAACCUGCUUUCAGCCAAACAAUUGGCUGCCUACAAUGACGGCCUACACCGUCUGCAAUGGCAAUGCAGACACUACACGAUAACUAGCUAGCUAGUUUUAGCCAACAUCUAACUUAAUAAUUAGCUGCUGGCUAAGUUACGUGUAAAUGGUAUUCAUCUAGCUAGCCAGCUAGUUGAACAUGCAAAAAAAUAACUUCAAAAUCUAUAAUCCAAUGUAGAUGGCUAGCUAUUUCAUCGUGACUAGCUAGCUAGCCAAAUCAGCAUGCAUCCCUAUCAUUGGGUUUGAUUAAAUUGCUAAUCGACUAUCAUUCACACCACGGUGGCUAUUUUCGGUAGCUAGUUAAACAUGAUAAAUACAGUGCAUUCGGAAAGUAUUCAGACCCCUUCACAUUUGUUACGUUACAGCCUUAUUCUAAAAUUGAUUAAAUAAAUAUAAAAAUCCUCAUCAAUAUGCACACAAUACCCCAUAAUGACAAAGUAAAAACAGGUUUUUAGAAAUGUUUGCAAAUAAAUAAAUUAAUAACAUAUCCGUAGAACUCCGAGACAGGAUUGUGUCGAGGCACAGAUCAGGGGAAGGGUACCAAACAAUGUCUGCAGCAUUGAAGGUCCCCAAGAACACAGUGGCCUCCAUCAUUCUUAAAUGGAAGAAGUUUGGAACCACCAAUACUCUUCCUAGAGCUGGCCGCAAUCGGGGAAGAAGUGCCUUGGUCAGGGAGGUGAUCAAGAACCCGAUGGUACUCUGAUAGAGCUCUAGAGUUCCUCUGUGGAGAUGGAAGAACCUUCUAGAAGGACAACCAUCUCUGCAGAACUCCACCAAUCAGGCCUUUAUGGUAGUGGCCAGACGGAAGCCACUCCUCAGUAAAGGGCACAUGACAGCCCGCUUGGAGUUUGCCAAAAGGCACCUAAGGGACUCUCAGACCAUGAGAAACAAGAUUCUCUGGUCUGAUGAAACCAAGAGUGAACUCUUUGGCCUGAAUGCCAAGCGUCACAUCUGGAGGAAACCUGGCACCAUCCCUACGAUGAAGCAUGGUGGUGGCAGCAUCAUGAUGUGGUGAUAGUUUUCUGCAGCAUGGAGACUAGUCAGGAUCGAGGGGAAAGAUGAAUGGAGCAAAGUACAGACAGAUCCUUGAUGAAAACCUGCUCCAGAGCGCUCAGGACCUCAGACUAGGGUGAAGCUUCAACUUCCAACAGGACAACAACCUUAAGCACACAGCCAAGACUACGCGGGAGUCUCUGAAUGUCCUUGAGUGGCUCAGCCAGACAUCAAACAUCUCUGGAGAAACCUGAAAAUAGCUGUGUGGCAAUGCUCCCCAUCCAACCUGACAGAGUUCGAGAGGAUCUGCAGAGAAGAAUGGGAGACACUCCCAAAAUGCAGGUGUGCCAAGCUUGUAGCGUCAUACCCAAGAAGACUCAAUAAUGUAAUCGUUGCCAAAGGUGCUUCAACAAAGUACUGAGUAAAGGGUCUGAAUACUUAUUUAAAUGUGAUUUUUUAUUUAUUUAUUAUAAAUUAGCAACAAUUUCUAAAAACGUGUUUUUUCUUUUUGAUUAUGGGGUAUUGUUUAGAUUGAUGAGGGGGGAAAAACAAUUUAAUCCAUUUUAAAAUAAGGCUGUAAUAUAACAGUGGUAAAGGUCAGGUUGUCUGAAUACUUUCCGAAUGCACUGUAUGACGAAGAUUAGCAUCACGCAUGGCUUAGCACAUCAGCAAUCAACAUUAACAGCAGAUAUCUGGCUAUAACGUUACUUGUAUGCAACUGUCUAACUAGCUAACAAUAGCUAGCAAUGAGCAAUUAAUACAACCUUUUGAUACAGUUGAACCAAUAUUGUAUGCACAUGUAGCUAGCUUGCCAUUUUAACUGUAGACUCUUACCUGUGUAUGGAUUAUGAUGAUUCAAGGCAGACGAACAUUUUCAAAAUAAUCCUUCCCACUCGGCUUCAACCACACCGCUUUUGCCACAGAAGACAGAGCUGUGUCGAUACCUGCAGCUCUAUUCAGGACAACACUUUUAUUGAAAUCUGUAGCUACACUUUGAUGAAAAUAUGAGUAAAUCCAAUGAUCUUUGGCUCUUUCAAAUAUCUGUGGUAGCAGAGCGCAGGACCUGCCAUUUGACAGAAGCCUUGAGUGACAGAACACUCUUUCUCGUGAAGGUCCCAGCCCCAUCAUUAUCUCAACCAAUCAUGGCUAGGCAAGAUUCUGUAUUUUCUCCGUGGCUAAACAGCUUUGUGAUUCAAAUUGUAUUUAUAUUUACAGAUUACAUGAGUUUUCACUUUCAAAUGCCUCUCCUGUGGAGUAGGAAAAUGUGUCUUACACCCAGCUUCAAGAAUCAGGGCACAAAUGUGUCUUAGCUCCCCCAUAGCAUGUAACAGACAUGGCUUGUUGGUUUCUCAUGCCCUGUUGUCUGUCUUCAGAGAGAAUCUGUCCAAGGAUCUGUACCUGAUGUCCCAGAUGGACAGUGAUCAGUUUAUCCCCAUCUGGACCAUCGCCAGCAUGGAGGGCAUCAAGUUCCUCACCACCGACAUGGACCUCAUCCUGGAGGUGCUACGAGGUAUGAACACAAACCCACCUCACCUUUGACCCUGUAGGAAAUAGCCUCCCUGGACAGGCUUAUACUUUAGGCUGCUACAAGAUUGGUCAGAAACAAGCUCAGGUUGAAGGAUUUCUACCCAAGCUAAAAACACUUAGCACACAAGCUGUAGCCUCAUACCAGACGUGUUGACACAUGGCUGGGAACGAGAUUACAGUGGUGGAAGUAACGAUGUGGUGGCUGGGACGGCACCAGUAGAUUAAUUAGUAAUGGUAUAGAGAGGGAUUGUGGUAGUCAAACUUGAAACAAUGUACUUACAGUGCCUUCAAAAAGUAUUCAUACUCCUUGACAUAUUCCACAUUUUUUUACAGCCUGAAUUCAAAAUGGAUUAAAUAGAUUUAUCACCCAACUACACAAUACCCCAUAAUGACAAAGUGAAAACACGUUUUUAGAAUAUUCUUUACGCUUAUUGAAAAUGAAAUAUUUAAUUUACAUAAGUAUUUACACCCAGAGUCAACACGUUAGAAUCACCUUCGGCAGUGAUUACAGCUGUGAGUCUUUCUGGGUAAGUCUCUAAGAGUUUUGCACACCUGGAUUGUACAAUAUUUGCACAUUAUUCUUUUAAAAAUUCUUCAAGCUCUGUCAAGUUGGUUGUUGAUCAUUGCGGGACAGCCAUUUUGAAGUCUUGCCAUAGGUUUUCAGUUGAUUUAAGUCAAAACUGUAACUAGGCUACUCACGAACAUUAAAUGUCGUCUUGGUAAGCAACUCGAUUGUAUAUUUAGCUUUGUUUUAGGUUAUUGUCCUGCUGAAAGGUGAAUUUGUCUUCCAGUGUGUGUUGGAAAGCAGACUGAACCAGGUUUUCCUUUAAGAUUGUGUCUGUGCCUAGCACUAUUCCGUUUUUAUUAUCCGCCAAAAAAAACAACUCCCUAGUCCUUGCCAAUGACAAGCAUACCCAUAACAUGAUAAAGCCGCCGCCAUGCUUGAAAAUAUGAAGAGUGGUACUCAGUGAUGCAUUUGAUUUGCCCAAACAUAACGCUUUGUAUUUCAGGACAAAGUUAAUUUCAAUGCCACAUUUUUUUUGCAGUUUUACUUUUAGUCCCUUAUUGCAAACAGGAUUCAUGUUUUGGAAUAUUUUUAUUGUGUACAGGCUUCCUCCUUUUCACUCUGUCAUUAGGUUAGUAUUGUGGAGUAACUAGAAUGUUGUUGAUCCAUCCUCAGUUUUCUCCUAUCACAGCCAUUAAACUCAGUAACUGUUUUAAAUUCACCAUUGGCCUCAUGGUGUACUUGCCUGUGUCUUUUGUAGUGACUGGGUGUAUUGAUACGCCAUCCAAGGUAUAAUUAAUAACUUUACCAUGUUCAAAGGGAUAUUCAGUCUUUUUUUUUUUUUUUUUUUUUACCCAUCUACCAAUAGGUGCCAUUUUGUGAGGCAUUGGAAAACCUCCCUGGUCUUUGUGGUUGAAUCUGUGCUUGAAAUUCACUGCUCGACUGAGGGACCUUGCAUGUGUGGGGUACAGAGAUGAGGUAGUCAUUAAAAAAAUGAAACUUAAUGUGACUUGUUAAGCACAUUUUUACUCCUGAAAUUGCCGUUUCAGCAUUUCAUUUUUUUAUGAACAUUUCUAGAAAUAUAAUUCCACUUUGACAUUAUGGGGUUGUGUGUGUGUGUGUAGGCCAGUGACACAAAAUCUUAAUUUAAUCCAUUUUAAAUUCAGGCUGUAACACAACAAAAUGUGGAAAAAGUCAAUGGGGUGUGAAUACUUUUCUGAAGGCACUAUAUCAUCGUAGUAAUGGAAGCAGCAUUAAGUAGGUGAACAUGAUCCAUUUUAAAGUUUUAAAAGUUGAGUGGAGGUAUUUCAAGCACUUUGGGGUAGGUAUGCCAUGAAACUGGCUUCGGGAGCAAACUCACUCAAAUGAGAGCAAGUAAUCCUCACUUGGUCAUUAAUUGAAAAGGUGCUAGUAAAUUUGAUAUAAUGUUGAUAUAUUUUUGGGUGUGUGUGUGUGUGUGUGUGGUUUCAGCUUCACCCGUGGUACAAGUUGACGAGAUGGGGGAAAAGGUUCGGCCCAAUCACAAGCGCUGCAUCAUCAUUCUGAGGGAGGUGCCAGAGACCACACCUGUAGAGGUGACAAAAUGUAGAAUUAGCUCUUUUUUUUCUGGUUUACCUUCUGUGUAGCCGACUGUCUGCUAAACUUGGUAGGGACCCCAAGGUGUGCACGUUUUUGUUUUUUUGCCCUAGUACUACACAGCUGAUUCAAAUAAUCAAAGCUAGAUGAUUACUUGGUUAUUUGAAUCAGCUGUGUAGUGCUAGGCCAACAACCAAAAUGUGCACCCCUUGGGGUCCCGAGGACCGAGUUUGGGAAACGCUGGUGUAGCCAUUUGCUCAUUACAUGUGACGAAUAUGGUUAUUUUGUGGUAGAACGCUAUAAGAAAGGUUCUGUGUGUCCUCUCUGUGUCUCCUGAGUGGCGCAGUGGUCUAAGGCACUGCAUCGCAGUGCUAACUGUGCUACUAGAGAUCCUGGUUCGAAUCCAGGCUCUGUCGCAGCCGGCCGCGACCGGGAGACUCAUGGGCGGCGCACAAUUGGCCCAGCGUCGUCCAGGGUAGGGGAGGGAAUGGCCGGUAGGGAUGUAGCUCAGUUGAUAGAGCAUGGCGUUUGCAACGCCAGGGUUGUGGGUUCGAUUCCCACGGGGGGGCAGUAUAAAAAAAAUAUGUAUUCACUAACUGUAAGUCGCUCUGGAUAAGAGCGUCUGCUAAAUGACUAAAAUGUAAAUGUAAAUGUUCUAACACCCUCAUCUUCUGUCUAUUCCUUAUUUCAUUUGCCCUCAGGAAGUGGAGGCCCUCUUUAAGAAUGAAAACUGUCCCAAAGUGAUAAGUGUUGAAUUUGUGGCCAACAACAACUGGUACAUCACAUUCCAGUCGGACACCGAUGCACAGCAGGUAGCAUUGCACAUUCAACACUCUCUGUAGUCAGUCAGUGAAAAAUAACUUGCAAAUUCAAGGUCCUCAUUCAAAGUUCACAGCACAUGUUCUUUGCUGAUUGUGUCUACUGUACAGAUGUAAUUUCCUAUUUGUUAGGCCAAUCAUCCCAACACAGUUCUGUUGAUUGAUCUACAGUGGGGGGAAAAAAGUAUUUAGUCAGCCACCAAUUGUGCAAGUUCUCCCACUUAAAAAGAUGAGAGAGGUACACGUCAACUAUGACAGACAAAAUGAGAAGAAAAAAAUCCAGAAAAUCACAUUGUAUGAAUUUUAAUGAAUUUCUUUGCAAAUUAUGGUGGAAAAUAAGUAUUUGGUCAAUAACAAAAGUUUCUCAAUACUUUGUUAUAUGCCCUUUGUUGGCAAUGACACAGGUCAAAUGUUUUAUGUAAGUCUUCACAAGGUUUUCACACACUGUUGCUGGUAUUUUGGCCCAUUUCUCAAUGCAGAUCUCCUCUAGAGCAGUGAUGUUUUGGGGCUGUCGCUGGGCAACAUGGACUUUCAACUCCCUCCAAAGAUUUUCUAUGGGGUUGAGAUCUGGAGACUGGCUAGGCCACUCCAGGACCUUGAAAUGCUUCUUACGAAGCCACUCCUUCAUUGCCCGAGCGGUGUGUUUGGGAUCAUUGUCAUGCUGAAAGACCCAGCCACGUUUCAUCUUCAAUGCCCUUGCUGAUGGAAGGAGGUUUUCACUCAAAAUCUCACGAUACAUGGCCCCAUUCAUUCUUUCCUUUACACGGCUCAGUCGUCCUGGUCCCUUUGCAGAAAAACAGCCCCAAAGCAUGAUGUUUCCACCCCCAUGCUUCACAGUAGGUAUGGUGUUCUUUGGAUGCAACUGAGUAUUCUUUGUCCUCCAAACACGACAAGUUGAGUUUUUACCAAAAAGUUAUAUUUUGGUUUCAUCUGACCAUAUGACAUUCUCCCAAUCCUCUUCUGGAUCAUCCAAAUGCACUCUAGCAAACUUCAGACGGGCCUGGACAUGUACUGGCUUAAGCAGGGGGACACGUCUGGCACUGCAGGAUUUGAGUCCCUGGCGGCGUAGUGUGUUACUGAUGGUAGGCUUUGUUACUUUGGUCCCAGCUCUCUGCAGGUCAUUCACUAGGUCCCCCCCGUGUGGAUCUGGGAUUUUUGCUCACCGUUCUUGUGAUCAUUUUGACCCCACGGGGUGAGAUCUUGCGUGGAGCCCCAGAUCGAGGGAGAUUAUCAGUGGUCUUGUAUGUCUUCCAUUUCCUAAUAAUUGCUCCCACAGUUGAUUUCUUCAAACCAAGCUGCUUACCUAUUGCAGAUUCAGUCUUCCCAGCCUGGUGCAGGUCUACAAUUUUGUUUCUGGUGUCCUUUGACAGCUCUUUGGUCUUGGCCAUAGUGGAGUUUGGAGUGUGACUGUUUGAGGUUGUGGACAGGUGUCUUUUAUACUGAUAACAAGUUCAAACAGGUGCCAUUAAUACAGGGAACGAGUGAAGGACAGAGGAGCCUCUUAAAGAAGAAGUUACAGGUCUGUGAGAGCCAAAAAUCUUGCUUGUUUGUAGGUGACCAAAUACUUAUUUUCCACAAUAAUUUGCAAAUAAAUUCAUUAAAAAUCUCAAUAUCCUCAAUUUGUCUGUCAUAGUUGACGUGUACCUAUGAUGAAAAUUACAGGCCUCAUCUUUUUAAGUGGGAGAACUUGCACAAUUGGUGGCUGACUAAAUACUUUUUUCCCCACUGUAUACUGAACAAAAAUAUAAAUGCCACAUGUAAAGUGUUGGUCCCAUGUUUCAUGAGCAGAAAAAAGAUCCUAGAUAUUUUCCAUACGCACAAAAAGCUUAUUUCUUGCAAAUUUUGUGAACAAAUUUGUUUACAUCCCUGUUAGUAAGCAUUUCUCCUUUGCCAAGAUAAUCCAUCCACCUGACAGGUGUGGCUUAUCAACAUUUUACAUUUUAGUCAUUUAGCAGACGCUCUUAUCCAGAGCGACUACAAAUUGGUGCAUUCACCCUAUAGCCAGUGGGAUAACCACUUUACAAUUAUAUAUAUAUAUAUAUAUAUUUUUUUUUUUUUUUUUUUUUGGGGGGGGUAGAAGGAUUACUUUAUCCUAUCCCAGGUGUUCCUUAAAGAGGUGGGGUUUCAAAUGUCUCUGGAAGGUGGUGAGUGACUCCGCUGUCCUGGCGUCGUGAGGGAGCUUGUUCCACCAUUGGGGUGCCAGAGCAGCGAACAGUUUUGACUGGGCUGAGCAGGAACUAUGCUUCCGCAGAGGAAGGGGAGCCAGCAGGCCAGAGGUGGAUGAACGCAAUGCCCUCGUUUGGGUGUAGGGACUGAUCAGAGCCUGAAGGUUCGGAGGUGCCGUUCCCCUCACUGCUCCAUAGGCAAGCACCAUGGUCUUGUAACGUAUGCGAGCUUCAACUGGAAGCCAGUGGAGUGUGCGGAGGAGGGGGGUGACGUGAGAGAACUUGGGAAGGUUGAACACCAGACGGGCUGCGGCAUUCUGGAUGAGUUGUAGGGGUUUAAUGGCACAGGCAGGGAGCCCAGCCAACAGCGAGUUGCAGUAAUCCAGACGGGAGAUGACAAGUGCCUGGAUUAGGACCUGUGCCGCUUCCUGUGUAAGGCAGGGUCGUACUCUCCGAAUGUUGUAGAGCAUGAACCUGCAGGAUCGGGUCACCGCCUUGAUGUUAGCGGAGAACGACAGGGUGUUGUCCAGGGUCACGCCAAGGCUCUUCGCACUCUGGGAGGAGGACACAACGGAGUUGUCAACCGUGAUGGCGAGAUCAUGGAACGGGCAGUCCUUCCCCGGGAGGAAGAGCAGCUCCGUCUUGCCAGGGUUCAGCUUGAGGUGGUGAUCCGUCAUCCAUACUGAUAUGUCGGCCAGACAUGCAGAGAUGCGAUUCGCCACCUGGUUAUCAGAAGGUUGGAAAGGAGAAGAUUAGUUGUGUAUCGUCAGCGUAGCAAUGAUAGGAGAGGCCAUGUGAGGAUAUGACAGAGCCAAGUGACUUGGUGUAUAGGGAGAAAAGGAGAGGGCCUAGAACUGAGCCCUGGGGGACACCAGUGGUGAGAGCACGUGGUGCGGAGACAGCUUCUCUUCACGACACUUGGUAGGAGCGACCGGUCAGGUAGGACGCAAUCCAGGAGUGAGCCGCGCCGGAGAUGCCCAGCUCGGAGAGGGUGGAGAGGAGGAUCUGAUGGUUCACUGUAUCAAAGGCAGCAGACAGGUCUAGAAGGACAAGAGCAGAGGAGAGAGAGUUAGCUUUAGCAGUGCGGAGAGCCUCCGUGACACAGAGAAGAGCAGUCUCAGUUGAAUGACCAGUCCUGAAACCUGACUGGUUUGGAUCAAGAAGGUCAUUCUGAGAGAGAUAGCAAGAGAGUUGGCUAAAGACGGCACGCUCAAUAGUUUUGGAAAGAAAAGAAAGAAGGGAUACUGGUCUGUAGUUGUUGACAUCAGUGGGAUCGAGUGUUGGUUUUUUGAGAAGGGGUGCAACUCUCGCUCUCUUGAAGACGGAAGGGACAUGGCCAGCGGUCAAGGAUGAGUUGAUCAGCGAGGUGAGGUAGGGGAGAAGGUCACCGGAGAUGGUCUGGAGAAGAGAGGAGGGGAUGGGGUCAAGCGGGCAGGUUGUUGGGCGGCCUGCAGUCACUAGUCGCAAGAUUUUAUCUGGAGAGAGAGGGGAGAAAGAAGUCAAAGCAUAGGGUAGGGCAGUGUGAGCAGGACCAGCAGUGUCAUUAGACUUAACAAACGAGGAUCGGAUGUCGUCAACCUUCUUUUCAAAGUGGUUGACAAAGUCAUCCACAGAGAGGGAGGAGGAGGGGGGGGGGGGGGAUUCAGCAGUGAGGAGAAUGUGGCAAAGAUCUUCCUAGGGUUAGAGGCAGAUGCUUGGAAUUUAGAGUGGUAGAAAGUGGCCUUAGCAGCAGAAACAGAUGAAGAAAAUGUAGAGAGGAGGGAGUGAAAAGAUGCCAGGUCGGCAGGGAGUUUAGUUUUCUUCCAUUUCCGCUCAGCUGCCCGGAGCUCUGUUCUGUGAGCUCGCAAUGAGUCAUCAAGCCACGGAGCUGGAGGGGAGGACCGAGCCGGCCGGGAGGAUAGGGGACACAGGGAGUCAAAGGAUGCAGAAAGGGAGGAGAGGAGGGUUGAGGAGGCAGAAUCAGGAGAUUGGAGGGAGAAGGAUUGAGCAGAGGGAAGAGAUGAUAGGAUGGAAGAGGAGAGAGUAGUGGGAGAGAGAGAGCGAAGGUUGCGGCGGCGCGUUACCAUCUGUGUAGGGGCAGAGUGAGUAGUGUUGGAGGAGAGCGAGAGAGAAAAGGAUACAAAGUAGUGGUCGGAGACAUGGAGGGGAGUUGCAGUGAGAUUAGUAGAAGAGCAACAUCUAGUAAAGAUGAAGUCAAGCGUAUUGCCUGCCUUGUGAGUGGGGGGGGGGAUGGUGAGAGGGUGAGGUCAAAAGAGGAGAGGAGUGGAAAGAAGGAGGCAGAGAGAAAUUAGUCAAAUGUAGACGUAGGGAGGUUGAAAUCCCCCAAAACUGUGAAGGGUGAGCCAUCCUCAGGAAAGGAACUUAUCAAGGCGUCAAGCUCAUUGAUGAACUCUCCAAGGGAACCUGGAGGGCGAUAGAUGACAAGGAUAUUAAGCUUAAAUGGGCUAGUGACUGUGACAGCGUGGAAUUCAAAUGAGGAGAUAGACAGAUGGGUUAGGGGAAAAAUUGAGAAUGACCACUUGGGAGAGAUGAGGAUUCCUGUGCCACCACCCCUCUGACCAGAUGCUCUCGGGGUAUGCGAGAACACAUGGUCAGACGAGGAGAGAGCAGUAGGAGUAGCAGUGUUUUCAGUGGUAAUCCAUGUUUCCGUCAGCGCCAGGAAGUCGAGGGACUGGAGGGUAGCAUAGGCUGGGAUGAAGUCAGCCUUGUUGGCGGCAGAACGGCAGUUCCAGAGGCUGCCUGAGACCUGGAACUCCAGGUGUGUGGUGCGUGUAGGGACCACCAGGUUAGAGAGGCAGCAGCCACGCGGUGUGAGGCGUUUGUGUAGCCUGUGCGGAGAGGAGAGAACAGGGAUAGGCAGAGGCAUAGUUGACAGGCUGCAGCAGAUGGCUACAAUAAUGCAGAGGAGAUCGGAAUGAAAUGAACUAAACAUCUGGGAAAGGAGAGAGCAGGCCUCCCUCACCAAAAAAAAAAAUAUAUAUAUAUAUAACUCUCCCAACUUCCACCUCAGAAACUAUAAUUGUUUCACUGAACCACCCGAGUAAAACUCUCCCAACUUCCACUUUAGAAAUUAGAAUUGUUGUAAACUACAGCAGACUGUUAUCAGUAGCUGUAAUUAAGUACAGCAGCUACCAACCACCUAACGUUAAUGCCUCGGAUGAGGUUAGAAAAACAGCUGAAUGGUAGCAGCUAGCUGGCUCAAUCACAGGUACUCUUAAGCAUGAAAUAACAUUGGAAACAAUUAACCACAGUUGCAAAAAGUUACCAGUAGCUACCCGCUAGCUAGCUAGCUAGCUUUGUUGGUCCAAGUAGUGGGUAAGCUAGCCUCGUGCUUCGCCGGGGUCUGCCGAAUACAAUACUUACCUACAAUAAUUACCUACAAUAACCUUCAAUAACUACCUGAGUAAGCUACCUAUAAUACCAAACUACAAUACCUACCUACAAUCUAAAUACAUGGUUUAAGCUUAACUCAACACCAUAUAAGAAGCCAAGCUUACCUUUCAUAACGCAGCAAUGAUUAAACGUUGGGUAGCUAGCACAAAGAUAUUGUAUUUAGCUACCACAGUACAGCCAGCUGGUAGUGUUGGCUGGCUAGCAAUGGCUGCUGUGUUGACUUUGUUUGAAAAACGGCGUCGCUGCGAACGAAUGUAGCUGGCUAAAAGGAUAUUGUUUUUAGUUGCUACCGUUGCUAAUAGCUACUCACCAGCUAAUCCAGGAGGUGAGUUAGCUAGCUAGCUUCGUGCUACACCCGGCACCGCCGAAUACAAAAGUAACCUACAAUAACUACACAACAGCUACCCACAACAGCCCACGAUGCCUACCUAUACUACUUAAUAAUAUACAGCCCACGAUGCCUACCUAUAAUACCUAACUACAAUCUAAAUACAUAGUUUAAGCCUUACUCGACAAAGCCCAAGCUAUGUAUAAAGCCAAACUGGCAGACUGCAAUCAGUAGCCGUAAUUAAGUACAGCAGCUACCAACCACCUAACGUUAAUGAUAAUGAGGUUAGAAAAACAGCUGAAUGGUGACGGCUAGCUGGCUCAAUCACAGGUACUCUUAAGCGUGAAAUAACAUUGGAAACAAUUAACCACUGUUGCUAAAAGUUACCAGUAGCUACCCGCUAGCUAGCUAGCUAGCUUUGUUGGUCCAAGUAGUGGGUCAGCUAGCCUCGUGCUUCGCCGGGGUCCGCCGAAUACAGUCCUUACCUACAAUAAUUACCUACAAUAACCUACAAUAACUACCUGAGUAAACUACCUAUAAUACCUAACUACAAUACCUACCUACAAUCUAAAUACAUGGUUUAAGCUUUACUCAACACCAUAUAAGAAGCCAAGCUUACCUCCUGCUAGAGAAAACACAACCUCUCCCGACCUCUCCCGAUCAUCACUACCGUUGAAAGAAACGGAUUAAACAGCAUGGUCAUUACACAGGUGCACCUUGUGCUGGGGACAAUAAAAGGCCACUCUAAAAUGUGCAGUUUUGUCACACAACAAUGCCACAGAUGUCUCAAAUUUUGAGGGGGCGUGCAAUUGAUAUGCUGACUACAGGAAUGUCCCCCAGAGCUGUUGCUAGAGAAUUGAAUGUUCAUUUCUCUACCAUAAGCCGUCUCCAACGUCGUUUUAGAGAAUUUGGCAGUACGUCCAACCGGCCUUGCAACUGCAGACCACUUGUAACUACGCCAGCCCAGGACUUCCACAUCCGGCUUCCUCACCUGCGAGAUCGUCUGAGACCAGUCACCCGGACAGCUGAUGAAACGGAAUAGUAUUUCUGUCUGUAAUAAAGCACUUUUGUGGAGAAAGUCAUUUUGAUUGGCUGGGCCUGGCUCCCAGGGUGGGUGGGCCUUUGCCUUCCCAGGUCCACGCAUGGCCUAGCCCCUGCCCAGUCAUGUGAAAUCCAUAGAUUAUGGCCUAAUGAAUUUAUUUCAAUUGACUGAUUUCCUUAUAUGAACUGUAACUCAGUAAAAUCUUUGAAAUUAUUGCAUGUUGCGUUUUUAUAUUUUUGUUCAGUAUAGUUUUACCAGCAUAGUCAAAGGCUGUGUUUACACAGGCAACUGGUCUUUUGACCAACCAGAUCAGCCCUGAAAAAUAUCUGAUGUGAUUGGUCAAAAGACCAAUUCGUGGGCAAAAGAUCAGAAUUGGGCUGCCUGUUUCAAUGCAGCCUAACCUGUUAAUUGUUUGAAUGUGGAGUGAGUGAUGCACUUUAGAGUUGGACAGACUACUAAUGAACUGAUUUAUUGUCGCCUGUUACAAAUGAACAGGCAGGCCCCUGGUUUGUUACUUGGAGGCUCUUUUCUGUUUAUGGGGUUGAUGCUGCUGAUGUCUGUGCAAGUUCUAUAUAAAAUAAAAAGCUAUUGAGACAUGUAAUCAUAUCUCCUACAUGUGAAGGGGGAUUGUCCAGCUGUCUCACAGUACUUAAUUUUUCCUCUCUUCUACUUCCUCAGGCCCACAGAUAUCUAAGGGAAGAAGUGAAAACGUUUCAGGGAAAUCCCAUCAUGGUGAGUACAUGUACUGUUCCUUUCUCGUGAGACAUGCUGCUUUUCUAUGGAGCAAUUUCAGUGCCAACAGAAAAUGUAUUUGAAUUCAAUAUUUAUUAAUUUGUAUUUAGAUUUUGAAUUCAAUAUUUGUGCAUUUCUAAUGCACAUUGAAUAUUUUAAUUCAUAAAUUGAACUUGUAUUUCAUGAUUUGAAACUGAAUAAUUAAUAUUGCAUUCAGUUUUAAAAUUCAAUUUAAGUGUAAUUGAAUAUUUUAAUUAAACAUUUAUAUAUUCAGUUUCAAUAUGGUCAAUAUUGCAUUCAUUAUCUGUAUUAAGUUGCCAAACUAUAAUUUUAAGUUGACCAAAGUUUCAUAUAUUCAGCUUUGCAGAUGCAUUCAGAUUCAGUUUUCAAAUUCUGUUCUCUAAGUUCAGAUUCAAAACCAGAGAAAUCCUGGUACUUUGCCAGCAAGGAAUGGUAGAAGAGAACAGACUCGAACACUGUGUUAAACGUGGAGAAAACAGCAAUUUGGCCCCCAUUGCAAUUUAGUUGAAUAACCCUUCUAAGGAUAGCAUUUCCACUCCCUAAUUAAUCUUGCUCUUGUGACUGACUGGGUGUGAACCGGGUCUCCUGCAUGUCACAAGACUGUUAGCCCACUUAGCUAAAGCCCAUAGGGAUGAGUACAGGAAGCUAACAAGUCUCCAGCAAGGUUACUCAUCAAAAGGGCGAGAACCUUGGUUACAUUUCACCCCCCCCCCCCCCCAUUGACCUCAUACUCAGAUCACAGCACCAAUAUAGCUGACUGGGUUCACUCAAUUCAAUUUCAAAUCAUGAAAUAAAAGUUCAGUUUAUGAAUUCUGAUUCUUUGUGUGCAUUACAAAUUCAAAAAUAUUAAAUUCAAAUUCAAUAUCUAAGUACAAUAUAUUUUGGGACUGAAAUCGCUCCAUACUUUUCUUUGAUCAGAUAUAAUUUGGUCAAGGGGGAGGCAUUGCGUAACGUUAGUCAACUGUAUAGCUCUGAGAUCAGGUGAUAGGAGUGGAGGGAAGCAGCACUGUGUGUAGACUACCUCAGUCAGACUGUUCUGGAGCCAGCUGUUAUGAGGAUAGGUCAGUGACUGACUUGUGAAGGGGUGUUGGUGUCUGAUUGCUGGGAGCACGUGGCUGAGCUGUGGCUACACUACAGCAAGGUCACCUUGAGUUUGUGCCUACAUAAGGGUCUGAUAAGGAAGGAGUAAGUCCAGCCAGCAGUCUCUCUGUCUCCUCCUGUUCUAAACUGGUUUAAACUCAAUCUCCACUCAUCUCCCCCAUUCAAGAUGUUAUGACAUUGUCCACGUUUCAUUCAACCACUCUUCUUUAGCAGUAGUUGUUGAUUGCCAGUGUUGUCCUUCAAUGUAUUUGGCAUAAGACAUUCAGACUCAAUUUCAAAGGGUUUUCAUUAAGGUGGCUAACAAUGUGAAUUUGAUUGGUGUGCUAAAUGAAGUAGCUUAAUGCAUCAAACUGCAGAACUAUGAUUUGAUUUGCCUGAUGUUUAAGGACGGAAAAAGCUGUAACCCCGGUGAUGAUCAGUAUCGCGCUUGGAAGGACCCAGGAGCGCUGUGGAGGGCUCUCUUCUUCAUCUCUCUAAAUCUCUAUCCUCUCUAACCUUCCCUCCCUUUUUUCAUCCUCCCUCUUCAUCAUCCUCCUCUCCCUCCGUCAGCACAGUGUGACUGACCUAAUGACUGUAAGAUGAUGAGAUCUGAGGGGAACAAGGCUCUGUUUCCUUCUCUGUGCAUGGCAGUGAGGGGAGACAAUGUGUAGGCUAUGUAAUGUGAAUUCGUUUUUCUACUGUGCAUUAAUGUGUUAACAUGUCAUGUGUUCAUACUCUCUACCUUUCCACCCCCUUUCCAUUCCUUUACACAUCUCCCUGUCCUACCUGACUCUCUCUGUCGCUCUCUCGCUCUGUCCAGGCUCGUAUCAAGGCCAUCAACACAUUCUUUGCGAAGAAUGGCUACCGUAGCGUACCGGACUCCAGUGUGUACAGCCAGCAGGGCCAGUCUCAGUCCCAGUACAGCUCUACACCCCUCUACAUGCAGCAGGUGUACAGCCCCCAGCAGCAGUACCCACUCUACCCCCUGGUGCCCCCCACCUGGAACCCAUCGCCUGCCCCUUACUUCGAGACCCCACUGGUGAGGCCCGGAUGAUUGUGGUUCCCUGUUGUAACUCGUAUUGAAUUAGAUUUCGUACUGUUGUUCAUUCCUAGGAUGACGAGCCCCUCCAGAGUGUGUUGGUUGGUUAUCAUGGGUACAGAAGUGUUGGGUAUACCUUUAGCUACUCAAGUUUGAGAUGUAAUUGCAUGAUCAUUCUGAACAAAGGAGUUGUUUAGCAAAUGGCUCCUUUAAAUAAAAACCUCUGACCCAAUGAUGACAAAAAACAUGCAUAGAGGGGGUUCAGGCUGGGAGACAAGCCACUCUGGGUUCAUCUAUGCCCCCAAAUCCUCCUUUCUCCCUCCUUCCCCUUAUUUUACCCCUCCCCCUCUCCGAAUUGGUGCGUCUCCACAGUUGACCCCAGUGUGAGAUAAGAUUAUGAGAUCUGAGGGUCUGUAUUGGUGAUUUAGGAAUGGUGGACGUCAUCCUCAACAUGUUCUGUCCUGUUCAGACCCAGAUGAAUAUACCCCGCGUCAGCUGUAACACACACCCUUCACAUUGCACUCUGGGGUCAGAGUGGGCAUGACAUUUAGUAAUGUAGAACUGGCAGGAUCAGCUGGUCUUGUAAGAGCUGUAUCAUUAAACUGAGGUGAUUUAACCUUUGUCAUUGACUGGCUACACUGAUUGAUCGUGGGCGGCCAUUUUGUUUUCUUAUUUUCCUCCAGGCCCCGUUCCCCAACAGUGGCUUUGUGAACGGCUUCAGCACCCCUGGGAACUACAAGACUGGCAACAGUCCCCUGGGCCUCGGACGACCGCCCUUCAACAGAAACCGGUAGGCGUUUUCUCUCAGGGCAAGAACCCCCAUCCGGCUCGAACGUAAGGCUUUAUUAGAUGGCUUUGACCCAAUGAUGACAAAUCAAUGCGCAUAGAGGUGCUUCAAGCUGUGGGAUGAAGGCUUUUGGGUUUCUCUCUCCUCCCUCUUACCUUUCUUUCACUCAAACUCUCUCUUCUCUCCCCCCCAAAGUCACUAGUCUCUACACUUGACCCGAUGAGCGUUAAGAUUAUGAGAUCUGAGGGUUCAAACUGGUCUUAUUUAGCCAUCCAAAGUGGACCAGUGAAUUCAUCCACAGCCUUACAACAUUAGAUUCUGUUUAAAAAAGCCAGUUUGACUAGCACCAGGAUGGUUGUUGUAAUUGAUCAGACACUGAUUUAGUGCACAUAUGGUAUUUAUGUUCAUGAACAAAGCAAGACCAUUUUUAGUUUUUGGGGCUCUGCUGUCAUAAAUAACUGGUUGUCUCUUACUCCCCCCGUCCCACAGUGUCCCCCUCUAUUCUAGAAAGAAUGUAAUCAAUGCCUUCAGGUAUAAGCAAUCAGAUAUCAAUCAUGUCAUCAGUUAAUGCUCCCCCACACCCUCAUUUCAUCCAGUCUCAUUCUAAAACAUACACGUUAGCAAGCUACGAUGUUAAUGCCGAUUUAAACCAUCCAUGUAAUGCUACAUUGUGGUGUCCUUUGGAACUGUGGUGAAUGGCAACCUUCAACUGAUAUUUGAGAUAGCUAGCGUAGCUGACAGAUGACGCUAUGAUGCUCAGGGAUUUUUGCUGUUUGAAUAUAAGAUCCAGCAAGUUCAUUACCAUCAGCUUGUGCUGAGCAAACCAAAACCAUUCCCUUAGUAUUCUAUACAGUAGCAUAUUUACAAUCCCCUCCAUCCACCAUCUUAAUGUUUAAUGUCCUGUCUUCAUCAUCCUCUGUCUGCAUGAAUCAUACUGGAACCGCUCUAGUUGUUUUGUGAUCAUGUGAUUGUAUCUUUAGACUGAAAAAUAGAUGGCAUUUAUGUCUGAGUGAUUUGAGGCUGUUAAAUUGAUAUGACUGACUGAUCUUCCUUUCCUCAGGAACCACGCGAAGAGCCAGCCCCGGCCGUGUGAUGAGGCCUCUCCUCCCUCUGUUACCCCUGUAUCCCCCCUGGUGGACGGCCUGUCUGGCCCCUCCAGCGCUCUUCCUCCCCGGACGGCAGGGGCUCCCCUGGGCAGCACCCCCGAGCCUGGCCCUGCGCCCCCCUCCCUCACCUCCCUCACCAUCAGGGACACCCUCCCACUGGUUGCAGAGGGGAUGCCCAAUGGAGACCUGGGCAUUGCUGGCAGGGGCAGGUCAGUCCGACCAGAGCCCCUUCAUACAUACACACACCCCACAACCUGCUCAUACAUGAAAUGACAUGUCCCUGUUGGGCUUUAUCAGAUGGCUUUGACCCAAUGAUGACAAAUCGAUGCGCAUAGAGGUGAUUCAAGCUAAGUGAUGAAGACUUUGGGGUUUUCCUUUCUUUCACUCCUCUCUCUCGCUCUCUCUCGCGCUCACUCUAUCCCCCACAAAGUCACUAGUCUCUACACUUGACCCAAUGAGCGGUAAGAUUAUGAGAUCUGAGGGUUCAAACAUGUCUUAUUUGGCCAUCCAAAGCCUUCCCAACAAACAAUUACAUUUUACAUUUUGGCUUAUGAUCAUCUCUGUGUGUGUAACAUGUUUGUCUGUUGUAGGAGAGGCAGCUACAGAGGGAUGCGGAGGAGGAGAGAGGACGAGAGGAUCACGGUCAGUUUAAUUUCCUCUAUCCCAUGUUUAGUGUGGUUUAUACACCCUAUCCCACCCACGUGGAGUUGGAUUAAAGGUCAAAUGUGUGUCUUCUGUGUUUUGGUUUUCAGAGGCCCAUCCCUCUGAGCGAGAUAAAGGUUCCACAGCCCAAGUUUGAUCUGGCUGCCUCCAACUUCCCUCCGUUGCCGGGGUGUGUGGUCAGCACGCAGGGAGAGCCUGUGCUAGAGACUCGCAUGUCUGAUGUGGUUCGAGGCCUGAAGGUGACCAGCGACAAGGUGAGGAAAAACCCCAUUUGUUUUGUUCCCUCCUGACCACUUGACGUGACAAGAAGAAGUGUUCUAUAAUAACUAGGUCUGUGUUUUUGUCUGGUCCGGCACUUAAUCCCACCUGUUACAUCCCUCUUACACUGUAGUUACUCUCUCAGACAAAUGUCAUGUUAUUCACCCCUCUAAGUCAACUAUGUCCAUCUCUCUUAUUUCCAGCCUGAUGUGAGUAAGGAGUCUGUGGCCCCUCCUGCUAGUGCCCAGAAGGAGACUGUGAGUGUGCCCAGUCCUGUCACGCCGGCCCCCAAACCCCCCACCCCUCCGGUCGUGGAGCCCCCUGUUCCAAGGUAUGGUUUACCUCUGGCUUACAGCUACAAAGAUGUGCUGUAGGGAUUUUGAUGAUCCAAUAUGAUUUGACUGUUGGAAAUAAACCUUAUUGGUAACCUUUUCCUCUUCUGUCUGUGCAGUGUUGCUCAUCCGGUGAAAAAAGUAGAGAAGGCUGAGCCUCAUGUCCAAAAGGAGAUGACUCCAACCCCCGCACCACCCUCUUCUCUGCCAACCCCCACACCACCCUCUUCUCUGCCAACCCCCUCACAGCCCGCCGCUGCUACCAAACCCACCCCUACGCCCACCCACAGUCAGCCCAUCUCCACGGCAACACCAGUCCCCGCCACUACCACACCUGCACCGGUAAGACUUCACUCACUGCCUGGCGGAUUUCACUGGAUACAUAAUGCAUUGGAUAGAAUGUUGUCAGUUAACAUAUCUGGUUAAAAAAGAGAUCAAUGAAGAGAUUGAUGUAAGGUUGGAUGCCUAUUUUCUCUCCUCCCCUAUUAUCUUUCCUGUCUAUCUACCAUCUAUCCAUGCAUCCAACCAGGAGUCAAGGAAACUGAGCUAUGCUGAGAUGUGCAAGCGGCCAGCCACCCAGCCCCCAGAGCCAAGCACCUUCCCAAAACCUCCCACCUCCUCAGCCAGCCAACCCCUGCGGGAGCUGCGGGUCAACAAGGCCGACGAGCCCGCCGCCUCCUCCAGCAGCAAUGGGGAUAGGUCAGAGAAACCAGAGCGGUCUGGAGAAGGCCGGCCCCACCGUGACCCACUGGGCUCAUACUGUGGGGUCAAUGGCCCUGCCCGAUCCGGAGGGAUGGGCCUAAAGUACCGGGAUCAGCAGAGA